AUGUUAUCAACUUCUGCUCAAACCUCGACUGACAGUCUUCAUAAGCCACAGUUGUUAACUACGGACAUAAACCAAAAUAUCAAAUUAGAUCCAAGCCUAUCCGAAAAGGCCAUCAGCUCGAGCAAUGCGUUCAUGUUAAACAUGGUGCUUGAAAAGACAUCACGUGUUGGCACUGGUGUUCCUCUGGUAUCUCAAACAGGUUCUGCAAAAAGUGCAUUUGUACCAUUUUCCCAGAUGCAUCUGCAAAACAUUGCUGAAACAAAGACAACUCAAUCUGCUGAUUACUUACCCACCUCUUCUCAGAAAAGCACGGAUCAUAGUUCUGAACCAAGCAUCUUGGCUCAGAUGCUAGAAUGUAAUGAUAACAACAGCACGUUGGCAUCCCCAAACAGCAACAGCAGCAGUUACAUUCAGGUACCCACACUUAAAUCUGGUUGGGAAUCAGAAGGAGCAACAUCUGUCAGUUCCACUGAGUGUGUUACGCAAACAUCUCCCUCGGUUACGAAACGAUCACGAUCCCGAUUUGCACCAAUACGACCAAAAGCGAUGCAAGCCAAGACCAUCUUGUCCCUGCUCCAGGAACAAUCUGGAAACACGUUGGACUCCACCCCCUAUGAUCGUCGACGGGUGGCAACCAUUCUGAAGGAGAAGCAUGCUCGUGAACAGACCGAGACGGUGAACCAGAGUGCAUCAAGCACGCCUUUGCCUGUUACAGCUACAGCUGCCGUUGCAACUUCUGCAUUUGCCACAGCAACGGAAGUGGUCACAUUUCCUAUGAACCCUGUGGUCAGCAAACCUAAUGAGUUGCUUAUCAUUCUUGGUUCCCCUGCCACAGGAACGGUCAGUGCAGCUGGCAACGUUUUCCUAUCACCAUCUCAGAACUCAUCAAAUAUGGCUACAUUAGAUAAACAGCAGGCAACUCUGGCUGGCACCGCCAUUUUUCAGACAAUUCCAUCUGUUAAUAGCAGUGUGGCAUCGCAGACAGAAAUGGUGAUCUCAAAUGGAGGAAAUGCUAGCAAUGUAAAUACUGCGACGACUGGUGAAACCCUGGCCUGGAAGACCAUCCAACUAGACACAACAUCCCUACCCCACAUUGCUAUUCCUAGUCAGCAACUGUUUACCUCACUAAAUCCACAACAGGAGGCCGGUUCUACCUCUUCAUUGGGAAUUGCUGUCCCCCUUAGUGGAGGACUUGUGUCUACAACUGAUGCCCAAGAAUGCACAGUUGACCCCUCUACCCAAUUCAUGAUCUCGAAAAACAUCCAGUUGGAUGGUGCUCUAUUGUCAGCGUUCAAUUUCAACAUAGCUGACCCUUUACAGAGUGCACAAACCAUAUCCGUAUCAAAUCUCCUCCCUACUGACUUGGCUACCUCACAAGUAACAGUUAAAAUGGAAACGGUAGAACCAGACAACUCGUUGUUGAUGACUACUAGUCAGGUGCCCAAGAGGUUGUCCGAAGAUUCUACAUCCAGUAUUUUACAGCAUCAACCAUCAACAGAGAUUGUUAAUUCUGCUACAUCUAUUGGAAAAUUCGUUCUGACCAAUUUUGGUACAAAUGUAAGCAUGAACAAUGAAGAAGCUUUAUUGUCUUCUGGCAGUGAAGGCAACAGCCAAUCCGAAAUUAAAGUAGAAAAGUCCGACCCCCCUACCAAACCAGCUUCACUUCUGCGACCCUUACUUAACAGUGAUUUACUUCCGGGAGAAUUUACCAAAACCAAAAUCCUGAAUGAAUUGCUGAGCACCGAAGACUCUCUUCCUGAAAGUUCUCCAAUUCAUGAAAUCGAUUCCUUAGAUAAGCAUAAGUUGGACACCAUCGACAAAUCAAAUACUGAUAACCAUCCAAAAAAUGAACCAAAAACACAGAGUGCAAAUUCCGACAAAAUAACUUUACCAGUUCAAACGCCAUUGACAACCAUGUUGGACAGCACCUCAACAUCUGUUGUAGCAAAGACAGAGAAAUUUACCAAAAGACCCCGCACCAUAUCCAACCAGGGUCCAACAGUGUCAAGCUCCCAACUCCGCUCAAGAACUUUAUCUGCAGAUGCCACUUCUACUGGGGUUUCCUACAGUAAUCCUACCUGUGCUAACAAUGUGCUCCAACAGCUGUCCUUAUCUCAUGCCACAGUAGCCAGUGCAGAACAGUUGACUAACUUUGCAAGUGCCCAUCAGAAUGAAACUGUUUCACCUAGCAUCUCAUGUCCAAAUAAUCUGAAUGCUUGUCUCCUCACAGACACAGUGGUCACUUACUCAAGCCAAGUUGUUUCGAGUCAUGUGACUGGUGACUUAGUUGAACCAUCUUUACCUGAAGACAAAAAUUGUGAAAUGUCUCCUCCUUUGCCUAAUAGCAACAACAAAGACAGAGCAGAUCAGUUAUUGAAAGAUCUUGGAGUUGCUCCGAAGCAGGAAGCUGGUAAAAGCCAGCCUGAAAUCCACCCGACAAGUCGUAAACGAAAAGCUAGCGAAAAAUCGUCCAGCUCAAAUACGAAACGAAAACAGCAAUCAAGCAAGGCAGCCACAGAUUUGGUUGGUCAGCUUGAUUCAUCUAUUGCAACAAGUCCGCUAGUUUCUAGUGGGCAAGAUUGGAUGACAUUAGGAACAACUAUAACAGAAAAUCCUGAGGGUGUGAGUAGUGGCUUAAACACUGAACCUUUGCAGAGUCCCGACAUAUCGAGCGUUGAGAAGGACGCCCUUUUGGACAGUGCCCCCCAAAUGCUUGGCUUGGAACUCUCCAAUGCUGGUUCUAUGCACUGUAUACCUACAAGCAAAAUGAGUUGCCACUCGCAGACCAUGCUGAGUAGCACUGACAACAAAACGUUACCUUCCUCAAAUCUUUCUUCUUCCCAACAGUUUGAUCGACAUAUCAGUGAUCUACUAAGCCUGGUCCAGCCUCUCAGUAAUGAAGGGAUCUCGGCCGUCAACUCUGCAGCUGACUCGGCCUCUCUUUCUAACUCGCAAUUAUCCCUACAAGGUGUUCCGUAUUCACAACUUUCCCCUCAACAGGUAAAUAUGGCGACAGAACUUGCCGUUUUCAAACGGUCUGUUACCGACACUGUAGCUGCAUUAUUGCAGCCUACUGAUCAAAAAACUGGACAGACAUCUCAGGGAAUCCCAAGUACGGCUACUCAGAAGUGCCAAUUCUCUCAGGAAACCCCUAGUUUGCUCCAGAAGCACUUGACCAACAUGGUUGAUGCUUCGUUAACAGACCCCCAUGAAGAGCAGCGGCAGCAGCAGCAAUGUGCAAAAUCCAGCUUUCUCUGUGAAAUAUUACAAUCUUCAGACAUCAUCAGCAAGAAGAAAGACUUUUUAGAAGAGGAACUGCCAUCUGAUGUGGCUGACUUCAUCACAGAAUCCAUGACAAGCAAUCAAAAUGAAUCCGUCUUUCCGAAUGGUAGUACCGGCAGUAACACGAGCACAAGUAAUUUACAGCCUUUCCCUGACUUGAAACUUGAUGUGGAAGACCUUUUGAACCAGACGACCCCAUCCUCAAAUGCAGAUGUUGCUGCUGCUGCUGCUCCUCCUGUCAAUACGACAGCAGACCUUGGUGCUAAUGUGUUUGUGCCUGAGGACACCCUCAAACACGCUACUACAUCCGUUUCCAUUUUGGGAGAGGCUGAAACCAGCAACACCCUGAACUCUACCCAGAACCGUCCAUUCAGAGAUCAUCUCGAGAACAGCAACACUUUUGCAAUCCCAGACGCACAAGCUGUAGUCCGGAAAGGGGUAGAAGUUAAACAAAGUCGUUUCUCUGCAGCCACCUCUCAUCAACCCCAACAACAGGCUUCAUCUGUACAGGCCACUUCCACCAAUGAGUCAACAGUUUUUCGAAUGUCAGGACAGGCUCCGGAAUUUGUGGCACCAAAUGUCACCAUUUCACAACGCUGGCACACUCUGAGUUACGAAAAAACGGGCUCGCACACUCCUGUUUCUGAUAGCGGUUACAGUAGUGCCAGUCCUAUUCGGAGCACCCCGCCAACUGUUCCUUUUAGCUUUGGAAGCAGUGCAGAAAACUUGGUCAGUAAUGUUAUAGGCCAUCUUGAACAUCGAUCAGCUAGCUGUGAACCCCCAAACCAAAGUCCUCUAGCAGAGCCAGUCCAGGCCUACACUCCAAUUGCUGCACUUCAAGCAUCAAAUGUCAGUACUGGACCAAGCCCUACCAGUCUGCCCCCAUCACCCCAGACUUUUACACCUAUUCAUGGAAGCUCACUGAGCGGCACAACAUAUGACCCACCACCCAUCCGACCAACAGCAACUGUUGCCAAUAAAACCCUCUCCGGCCCACAGUCGAACACUUCAUCAGUGAGUAAUUCACAGCAGCCAAGUAGAACAAACAAGGAAAACAAUAGAGAAUUGUUGAAUUUAUUGCAAGCUAAAAGUCCCCCUUCAUAUGAAAAUGCAAUUCGUAUGUUGAGUCAGAAGUCACCUCGUGCAGCCGCUUCUGGUCAGAUUGCACAGAGAAGUCCAGGCCCAGUUAGCAGCAACAUCAGUGAUACACCACCCCAAUCACAGCAAAUCCCAACUCCAGCUACGAAACCCAGAAGCAAAGCUCGUUCCAGGUCGACAUCAAACACUGCAACCAAAAGCAGAAGGAAAAGGUCGAUGAAAGAGAGUGGAUGCAUGGAAACAAAAGGAACGCAAAUGCCGCAGCUGGUCAGGUGUUUAUCUGACAAUAGUGCUUUGCCUUCUUCAUCUGUUGCUACAGCAAUGGAAACCAGUCAACCGGAAACUGACUCCAAAUCAGACAAAGAUAAGUCUAGUGCUCCUGCCGAUGGUCCCCCAAGUAAAACAAAGAAAUCCGUUCAGAUAUCACCCGCAUAUCCUUUCUCCUAUAAACUCUCCCUCCUCAAAGACCGCAGUGCAGUUGGUGGCCAAGUCAUUGCAAGUGGCGAUAGUCCAGUUGUGUCUGUUGAACACCCGCCGACCGCAAGUCAGGCCAGUUUUCUAAAACUGACCAAAUCGGGCAAAGUGAAACAGGAAGAAGGAUUAGGAAGUGGUAUGUCUGCUGGUGGUGGCACAGGUGGCAGUGGUACCUGUUCAAAUCAGUCAGUAACCACCUCGCGUAGCCAGUCUGUGCCCCUUCAGAAUGUCACGUCUGCAUCGACCCAACCGAAACACGGGGGACGGCAACCGAAGAAGUCAACUCACAUUUCGGACUUGCCAAACGUCAAUUACAUGGGUAAUGCUCCGAAUGUUGAUCUCAGUCGAGUGUUUUGGGAGAAACUGCUCACGACCACCAAAUCUUGCACCCAGGGGGUCACUGUGACUAGCGUCAGUAGCAGCAAAGGAGGAAACAGUGACACGACCAGCACAGUGAAUCCUGUCACUGCUCCAAGCAGUUCUUCAACCAAGAGAAACCUGAUCCAGUUGCUCGAAGACAGAACAAGUAGCACCGAAGAGGUUUUCUUCUCUUGGAGGGUGGGGGGAGAGCAAACGGGACAGCAGAGGAAAGAAAAAGAAGUAUCUCUCUCUAGAGAAUUACUUCUUUCUUUUUCUCCCCUCUCUAAUUACUUCCUUGUCCUCCUCUUCCAGUCCUGCCAGACUCUCUCUCUCUCUCUCUCUCUCUUUAGUAACAAAAGAUCUGCAAAUAGAAUUUUAUUUCUCUCUUCAAUUUUUGUCUAA